GAGCAAACUAGAAAUUGGUUACCGUCGGUCACGUGUUGAUCGAAAUCGAGUCAAAUUCUGUAGCUCACCCAGAUAUCUCGUACUGCUGUGCACCAUCUACCGAGAGGCAUCAGCAGUAUGUCCCUCUACCACACCGACUCUGCCACGCGACUAUUAGCAGCGGUGUGCGGACUAUGGAUACUGCGAUGUUGUCCGCACUUAAGCAGAUUCAUCCACGAAAGCCUUUAAUGGUUAAAAAUUAUGGCAUAUGGUUGCGCUACAACAGCCGGUCGGGAACUCACAACAUGUACAAGGAGUUCCGUGAUUUAACUGAAGAAGGAGCUGUCACGCAAAUGUACCGUGAAAUGGGCGCUCGGCACAGUGCUCGAGCGGAGUCAAUUCAAGUCAUUGAUGUGAAGACCCUUCCUGCAUCCAAGUGCAAGCGUCCUUAUGUUACGCAGUUCCACGACUACAAUCUGAAGUUCCCUCUUCCUCAUCGCGUGUCACGUCCCCUGCACCAUCCUCGGUUCACUACACGAAGGCCAGUCACUGCUUUUUGA